AUGACCGGUCUCGUCAUUGUUGUAACCGGCGCGAACGGAGGUGUCGGUUUCGGGAUCUGUCACCGUCUCCUCGUCCAGCUCUCCUCUCCCUGCCCGACCGACGCCCGGCCGUCGUUCGAUGUUCCCCAAAAUGGCACGUACGCCUCGCUUCCCCACGUCGUCAAAGAUGAAUACGACUUCUCGCCGGAGGACGGCGUGACGCUCGUCAUGGCGUGCCGCGACCCAAAACGUGCACAAGGCGCGCGCGUUAAGCUUUUGGCCCUCCUCGACAAGCACAUCGCGGGGCUCCCUUCGGGAACUGUGGAACACUCGUACGCGACCGUGUUCAGGAGAGGCGUUAGAGUGGAGCUGGAGACGUUGGACCUCGCGUCGGUGAAGAGUGCGUUGGACUUUGGGAAAACGGUAUCGAAAAAGUACGUGGUUCUUUGCAUCUCGGCGUUAUCCUUGCACCAUGCCACUUUAAGCACCCGCGGGGCCGAGCCGGGGCAAGUGUCAGAUGCUGGUUCUGCAAAGUCGACGAAGCUGAACAGGCUUCGUUCCAGGUAUCCUUACAUUUCGCAUCUAAUUUUCAACGCCGGGACUGCCACCUACAGUCACUUGGAUAUCCCCGGCUUUGUUUACGACCUCUUCACGCAACCAAUAUUCGCCAUCCAGCAUCCGACUCGCAACAUCCAAGUCAACGGCAUAACGAGCAAAGACCACCUGGGAUACGCGUGGCAAUGCAACGUUUUCGGGCACUACGUCGUCUACCGCUCCACGCAAGACAUGCUCAUCAAAUACGCCCGCGCCAAGGGCCCCUCCGCGCGUGUGCUGUGGAUGUCGUCGCUCGACGCGGAGCCGAGCUUCGACCCCGCGGACGACUGGCAGCUCACCAAGACGGUGCACUCGUACCAAGCGAGCAAGUGGCAGGUCGACUUUCUCUGCCACGCACUCGAGCAGCGCGCCAUCCGCCUGCAGGCCGCGGGCGGCGACGAGCGCCGCGCAGGAGUGUCCUUCCCGGAGCUCGUCGCGCCCUCGGGGGAGAUCCACCACGUCACCAUCAGCCCGGGUGUCGUCGCGACGAGCAUGAGCGCGCUGCUCAAGAUCCCGAUCCCCGGCUACCAGUGGCUCAUGCUCGCCGCGUUCUGGGUGGUCCGGUUCAUCGGCUCCCGCCACGUCCUCAUGACCGUCUACGCCGCCGCCGUCUCCGCCGUGCACCUCGCGCUCGUGCCCCUCCGCGCCGUGCCCACCGCCGCGGACGUCCCCGACGCGCGGCCGGAAGAGUACCCGUCCUGGCACUCGUACUGCGACCUGCCGAGCCCGCGCACCGCGCUGCUGCGCUUCGGCUCGGAGAACGACCGCUGGGGGAAGGAGGCCCCAGGCUUCGUGCCCGUGCCUGUGUGGGAGGCGCACCCGAAUGCGGGGGAGGUGCUCUUGGAGCGCUUCGAGAGGCUGUAUCAGGCGUUCGCGGCGGCUGAGGAGGACAGGGCGAAGGGGGCGCUGACGUGA